CCUUCCAUCAUGUCAUCACAUCAUCAAAGAAGAUGGCGGUCAAUAGGAUGACAUUUGCUUGCUAUGCUGCUUAUGUUGGUGAUUUCCGUCGAAUUUCGGGAGAGACCGGGGACUCAAGAUGAGGCUAGAAUAUGGUGAACUUCAUGAGAACAGGGGCUACUAGGGCAUCACAAUGGCGAUUUGGCGUCUUUCGGGGUGACCUGGGAUAAUAUGCUGUAGCAUGGGUACUUGGUGCAUUUGUGCACUUGAUCGGGAAGUUUCAAGAAGAUGAAUAAGAUUUGCUGUGUGCUCGUGAAAUGCUAAGACUUACGUAGAAUAUCUAAAGUUGAACAUGGAAAAACACUUGAAUUAUGGAUUUUACUGACUUCAUCCAGACGAGGCUGAAGCCUCCCGCAACCGUCCCGCAAGGCUGACUAUACUAGUGUGCUUAGCUCGAAGGAAAGAAGGCUCUCGACAAUGUUUGAUACAACAAUUCAUUGUACGACCACCAUUCUAUCUUCAAAGUACAAAUUACCUACCAGAAACACCAGUCAUCACUGGGAAUCAUUCCAAGCACGGAGUCAUCAGAAAAAUGUUUUCACUUCCAAACCUUGCUCCAACAGACGUGCGUACAUCGUCCCACCUGCUUUAUUUACAUGAAACCUAUAGCUAAUUCACAUCUUACAGUCUUACAAUCUCUGGUACACGUCAUCUCAUAGUAAUAUUCUACAGCACGUUGAACCCGCAAACAAUUCGUUUGAUUAUUCCGCUCCGCACGUUACGUCAAACCAAAAUCAUGGCCUGCGUCGUCAACUUGCAAGUAAUAGAACUCCUCUUGCACGACUGCGUUUAGAUGAAGAGUAUAUUGAGAGGAGGAAACAGAAUGUACAAAAUUGGGGAAGUUCUUGGAUUAAACCGCCUGGUGUAUCAAAGUCAUUACAUCAAUUGAGAGAAGAGAAAAGGGAAAUGGAAGAACAUCAAGAAGCUUUGAGACGAGAACAACUGGCACAAGAACUUGCUGAAGCCGAAGAGGCUGAGACUGAGGCAAUGAUACCAGUUGAUGGUAUGGAAGGUGAGAUGGAAGGUAUGGUUGAUCUUGACGAUGAGAUACCUGAUGCGGAUGAAAGUGGAAUGGGACGUAGUGACUCGGAUGAUGUCAGUGAGGAAGAGGAGGAAGACGAGGAGGAAGAGGAAGAUGAUUCCGAGGACAUUCCUGGAGCACUCCUACCUUCUCGAAUGACAGAUGAGGCAUACAGGGAAGCAAUUUCACGUCUUGGACAUCCCAGAGGCUCAAUGUUAGAGGAUGAUGGCGCUUCUACAAUUGCUGAUGAAGAUCAAUCACAAAUGUUACAGGAAGAAGAUCUAGUUCAUGAACAUGAAUAUGAUAACCAAGGUGGAGACAUGGAAGUAGAUCUUGACGAUGAUAUUCCUGAAGCCGAUGAAGGAUACGAACAUACAGAUACAGAAGAUGAAUCAGAUAGCAGCGAGGAGGAAAGUGAAGCUGAAGACCUUCCGCACGGAAAUCAUGGAGGUCAUGGUGCAAGUAUGGUUAGGAGUGAUGGUACACAAAACUCGAUGGAUCUUUCUAAUCUUAUAUCACACGAUAGUAGUGUGUUAUAUAGUAGUCCUCGAGGAGCAAGAUGAUACUUGACAUGUUUAUUCAUGAUUAUGAUGAUGAUUUUGGGGGAGGUUCCAAAUUCAGCGAAAGGCGAGAAACAUCAUACGCUGAGUUUCGAGUGCUCAGGGUUGAGCAAAUUCGUGUUGAGUUGAGGAUGUUAGUGUUUCAUCAAGAUGUGGGACUGUAUGUACAUGGAGAAAUUAUCUUUCUUUUGUUCGAUAGCCAAAUAUAUUUAUACCCCU